AAUCGAGAGUAAUUAUGAGGUGACGAUUUUGGGUGGGUUGAAUGAACUUAUGGUAAAAUUUUAUGGCCCAGCAGACACUCCAUAUGAAGGUGGAAUAUGGAAAGUUCGUGUUGAUCUUCCAGAAAGAUAUCCGUUUAAAUCUCCUUCAAUUGGAUUCAUUAACAAAAUCUAUCAUCCGAACAUAGAUGAAUCCUCUGGAACAGUCUGUCUUGAUGUCAUCAAUCAACAAUGGUCCGCCCUUUAUGAUCUCACAAAUAUAUUCGAGCAAUUUCUCCCCCAAUUACUUGCCUAUCCAAACCCCACGGAUCCCCUGAAUAGUGAUGCCGCUUCAUUAUAUAUGUUCAAACAAUCGGAAUAUAUUUUAAAAGUCAAAGCACAAAUUAGUCUUAAAUUUUCUCUUUCUCUAUAA